AUGGAUCUAGCAGUGAUCCUGGUGCUCUGCGCGUCCUGCUUGCUUUUCCUUUCAUUCUGGAAACAGAGCUAUGGGAAAGGAAAGCUCCCACCUGGCCCCACUCCUCUUCCAAUUAUUGGAAAUACUCUGCAGUUAGAUAUGAAGAACAUCAGUCAAUGUUUAAGCAAAUUCUCAAAAGCCUAUGGCCCUGUAUUCACUCUGUAUUUUGGCAUGAAGCCCACAGUGGUGUUGCAUGGGUAUGAAGCAGUAAAGGAAGCCCUGAUUGAACAUGGAGAAGAAUUUUCUGGAAGAGAACCCAACCCAUUGAUUGACAAAGCUAAUAAAGGAUUUGGGAUCAUUUUCAACCAAGGAAAAACAUGGAAGACUUUCAGGCGCUUCUCCCUCAUGACCCUGAAGAAUUACGGGAUGGGGAAGAGGAGCAUUGAGGAGCGAGUUCAAGAGGAAGCGCUCUACCUAGUGGAGCAUUUGGAAAAAACCAAUGCCUCACCCUAUGAUCCAAAUUUCAUCCUGAAAUGUGCAACCUGCAAUGUGAUCUGCUCCAUAAUUUUCAAGAAUCAUUUUGAUUAUGCAGAUCGGGAUUUUCUUAACUUGUUGGAAAUACUUGAUGAAAACAUGAGAAUUCUAAGCUCCCCGUGGAUCCAGUUCUGCAAUACUUUCCCUGUGCUCAUUGAUUAUUUACCAGGGAGUCAUAACAAAUAUUUUAAAAAUGAUGCUGAUGCAAAAAGUUUUAUUUUGGAGAAGAUAAGAGAACACCAAGCAUCUUUGGAUAUUAACAAUCCUCGAGACUUUAUUGAUUGUUUCCUGAUCAAAAUGGAGCAGGACAAACACAAUCCGCUGUCUGAAUUUACUGUUAACAACUUGAUCAUCAUUUUAUAUGACCUGUUGGGAGCUGGGACAGAGACCUCAAGCACCACCCUGAGAUACGGCCUCCUACUUCUGGUGAAGCACCCCAAGGUCACAGCUAAAGUCGUGGAAGAGAUUGACCGUGUGGUUGGCAGACACAAGAGUCCUUGCAUGCAGGACAGAAGCAGCAUGCCCUACACGAAUGCUGUGCUGCACGAGAUCCAGAGAUACAUUGAUCUUGUCCCCUUGAGCCUGCCCCAUAAGGUGACUCAUGACAUUAAAUUCAGAAACUACCUCAUUCCCAAGGGCACAACCAUAUUAACAUCACUGACUUCUGUGCUGCACGACAGCAAAGAAUUCCCCAACCCAGAGAAGUUUGAUCCUGGUCACUUUCUGGAUGAGAAUGGCAACUUUAAAAACAGUGACCACUUCAUGCCGUUCUCAGCAGGAAAACGAAUUUGUCUGGGAGAGGGCCUGGCCCGUAUGGAGUUGUUUUUAAUCCUGACCACCAUUUUACAGAAAUUUACCUUGAAGCCUCUGGUUGACCCAAAGGACAUUGACACCACCCCAGUUGCAACUGGGUUAGUCUCUUUGCCACCCUCUUUUCAGCUCUGCUUCAUUCCUUCCAGAAGACGAACAGAUAUUUGA